AUGGGGUCACUUGCCUCAUCACCCGCGUUCGAUGUGCUGCUGCGCAACGCCAAUAUCAACGGCGUCUACGUUUGCGACAUUGGCAUCCAAGCCGGCGUCAUCACGGCCAUAGGAAUGCAGCUGUCGUCGUCGGAAAGCACACAGGUGAUUGACUGCGAAUAUGCAGUAGUCACGCCGGGCGGCGUCGAUGCACAUGUCCACUUGUCGCAAGACAAGUCGCCGCGCGCAAAGGAAGCCGGUUACGUGGCUGCAGACACAAUCGAAACAGGAACCCGGAGCGCCGUUGCGGGCGGCACAACGACGGUGCUCCUCUUUGCCGAGCAGUCCCGGGGGCAGUCUGUGGCCGAGCAGGUGGCCCGGUACCACGAGACAGCCGCGCAAAUCGGGUCGUAUGCCGACUACGGCUUUCACGCCAUCAUCACGGACCCGACGACCAAAGUGCUGGACGAAGAGCUGCCCGUGCUGGCUCGAACUGGCGGGAUCACGAGCAUGAAGUUGUUUCUGACAUACAAGCACAUGCGGUUGUCGGAUGCACAGUUUCUGCGGGCGCUCAAGGCGGCACGGGAGCUGGGAAUGGUGGCGCUGGUGCAUGCGGAAAACGGUGACCUGGUCGACUUCUUUACUGAGCAGCUGGAGUCGCUGGGUCUGACACAAACGCAGUACAAGGCCGUGGCACAUCCUGCAGCAGCCGAAUCCGAGGCCGUCAACCGUGCGGUAACGUUUUCGUCGGUCAUGGAUACGCCGAUGCUGAUUGUGCACGUUUCCGUUAGAGAGUCCAUGGAGGUGAUCCGGCGGGCACAGGCGUCCCUGAAGCCCGUGUUUGCUGAGACGUGCCCGCAGUAUUUGUUGCUGGGCAAGGAGCGGUUGGCAGAAGCCCACUUCUGCGGCGCCAAGUACAUUUGCUCGCCGCCGCUGCGGAGCGACCCGAACGACAUCGAGGCCAUCUGGCGCGGCAUUGCCAACGGCACGUUCACAAUCUUCUCGUCGGACCACUGUCCAUACCGGUUUAAUGAUCCACACGGCAAGCAGUUGGGGCAACGACCAAACGACAACGGCACAUAUAGUGAGCGCUUCACACAAGUGCCCAACGGACUGCCCGGUGUCGAGACGCGCGUGCCCCUCCUCUACUCGGAAGGCGUCUUGAAGAGGAGGUGCAUCGAUACCAAGCGAUUUGUCGAGCUGACAUCGGAAAACCCGGCCAAGCUGUAUGGGUUGUACCCGAAGAAGGGGGCCAUCCAGAUCGGAUCGGAUGCAGACAUUGUCGUGUGGCAUCCGCAGUCCACGUUCCGGCCCCGCCGUCUUAGCCACGCCCGCGACUUGCACGACGCCUGCGACUACUCGCCGUACGAGGGCAUCGAGUUUUGGAACUGGCCGCGGAUGACGCUGCUGCGGGGACAGGUUGUGUUCAAGGACGGCGUGGUGGUAGCCAAGAACGGUGUAGGGCGGUUUGUGCCACGGCACGGGUGUGGGAUGCCGUAUGUCAGACGGAUGGAGGGAACAUGGGAUGUCCUGCGGGCGGCAGUUUGA